AUGGGUUCUGGAAGCUCCAAGCCGCAAGGCUCGCAAUACGUCUUUGCUGCAGACAGUCCCGUCAGCUUCUCACCUUCCGUCGUCGACUCGCUACAGAACAGCCCUGAGACCGACUCAACCCGCUCGCGCAACCUCGAACUCCAGAUCCAACAGCGCGUAACAGCCGAACUCGAGCGCAUCCGCGAACAAGAAGCCCAACGCCUUGCCCAAUACACCGAGUCUCUGACUCCUUCUUCCCCCGACUCCUCUAACGACUCCUCCUCCUCGGACCCUUCACUCACCGAAAAGAUCUCGUCCGCCCUCACACCCUCCUCAUCGCAAACCAAAUCCCGCAGCAACGACAGCGUAAGCAAAGAAGUUGCCGAACUGCGUAACAAGCUCGAGCGCCGCAAGAAACUCGAACAAACCGAUCCUGCACUUGAAAAGGCCAAGGAGGGGCUUGUGCAGUGUUUGAGGGUGAAUGAUCGUAGACCUUUGGAUUGUUGGGAGCAGGUUGAGGCUUUCAAGGCUGAGGUUGCUAAGCUGGAGCAAAAGUUUGUUGACAGAGCUUUGCGAUGA